AUGUAUAGCAUGAUGGAAACCGAGCUGAAGUCCCCGAUUCCGCAAUCCAACGCGGGGUCGGUGGGCAACCCGACUGCGGGGAAUAAUGGCAAGAACUCCAGCGGCGGCGGCGGCGGAGGCAACAACAACAACAACAACAACCCGGACCGGGUGAAAAGACCCAUGAACGCCUUCAUGGUCUGGUCGCGGGGCCAGCGCCGGAAGAUGGCCCAGGAGAACCCUAAAAUGCACAACUCGGAGAUCAGCAAAAGGCUGGGCGCCGACUGGAAACUCCUGUCGGACGCCGAGAAGAGGCCGUUCAUCGACGAAGCCAAGCGCCUGCGAGCGUUGCACAUGAAGGAACACCCGGAUUACAAAUACAGACCCCGGCGGAAGACCAAAACCCUCAUGAAGAAGGACAAGUACUCGCUGCCCGGCGGACUGCUGGCCCCGGGCUCCAACCCGGUCAACAGCAGCGUGGGGGUCAGCCAGAGGAUGGACAGCUACCCCCACGUCAACGGCUGGGCCAACGGGGCUUACCCUCUGAUGCAGGAGCAGCUCGCGUACUCCCAGCACCCGGGCAUGAACAGCCCCCAGAUCCAGCAGAUGCAUCGCUACGAGAUGGCCGGCCUCCAGUACAGCCCCAUGAUGUCCACCGCCCAGAGCUACAUGAACGCCGCCUCCACCUACACCAUGUCGCCGGCCUACGGCCAGCAGAGCACGCCCGGCAUGAGCCUGGGCUCCAUGGCUUCCAUGGUCAAGUCGGAGCCCACCACCCCGCCUCCGCUAACGUCCCACUCCCGGGGAGCGUGUCUGGGAGACCUGCGGGAUAUGAUCAGUAUGUACCUGCCCCCCGGAGGAGAUGGGACGGUAGACCCUACGUCGCAGGCCAGCAGACUGCACAGUGUUCACCAGCAUUAUCAGACCACAACCGUCCCGGGCACAGGAGUAAACGGGACAGUACCUCUAACGCACAUCUAAAGACAGAAAGAUUCCGAUUUACCCUCUCUCUUGCCUCUCUCUCUCCCCCUCCCCCCCAUCCAUCUGGACUUUCAGACUUUAUAUUGAAAAGAAACCCCACGCUUUUGCAUUUUCGAGUCAAGUGCAACUUUUUUUUAAAAAAAAGAGAGGUGCAGUACAGUCCUACCCCCCACCCCCACCACCACCGACUCCCAUCAGAUCAUUUUGUUGAAUGAACCAAUGUUCUCGGGAGGAAGGAGAUUCCCGCUGCGUUAUAAUAACACAUCUUACUUAUGAGAGUUGAACGUGGUUUUUUUUUAAAAAAAACGCUGAAGCUUUUAGGUGUUUUUUUUCACACAAGUGGGCAAUCGAGACACGGACGGAUGGACGGACUUUUAAGAUGCCAACUUUUAUAAUAUUAUACACACACCAGAAAAAAACACACGCACCACUCACUCACGCACACACACACACACUCACACACACACGCACAGCCUUGUGACUUUUAAUGGCUUCAGAUUAAACGGCGACAUCGAAACUGUGAGAGAAGAAAACUUCAUUUCAAGUAAAGAGAAACGUUUACGCACAUUCGUGUUUGUAGAUAUCUGUUUUUCCACCCAAUUGCCCCCCCCCACACCCCCCCUCCAUCGCGGUGGCUGUCUUCAAACUCACGCGAAAAAAAACUUGUAGAAUUGGUUUUGUUUUAACUGAUAAUUUUUUUUUUCCAUUUUAGGUUUU